UCUGGCCCAAGUGCAGCUUGCCACCCCUUUUUGAGCAGCUCGUGGCGAACCCUAGAGGACACCCACAGUGGGCGGGCAGCGAUGCUCUCCCGGGCGAUCGGCUCCAUGGCUUCCCCGGCCCGGCGGCUGGGCCGCGCGGCCGCGCGGCCGGGCCUCGCCGGCGCCGCCCGCGGCGUCACGACCACGAAAAUCGGCGACUACGAGGUGUUCGACCACAGCUACGACGCGGUGGUGAUCGGGGCCGGCGGGGCGGGCCUGCGCGCGGCCGCCGGCCUCGUGGGCCACGGCCUGAAGACGGCGUGCAUCACGAAGGUCUUCCCCACGCGCUCGCACACGGUGGCCGCCCAGGGCGGCAUCAACGGCGCCCUCGCCAACAUGACCGAGGACGACUGGCGCUGGCACGCCUACGACACGGUGAAGGGCUCCGACUGGCUGGGCGACCAGGA